GAAAAUGAACCUCAAAAACAAAUGGAUUUUCUUUAAGCGGAGAAAUUGGGAUGCUUGGAUUUUUUCUUUGAAAGGAGAAAUCGACUUGGUAUACCUGCCUCAUCUACAUUAACUUACUUGUUUAUGAUUUUGAUGAAUGUUGAUGACGAUGGCGAUGACGAUGGUGAUGAAAAAUAGAUGAAACAAACAGUUCGAUCCGAGAGAGAAGGGACAGCACGAUGGAGAGGGAUAAUAACAAGUGGGGGACUUGGGAAGAACUGCUUCUGGGAAGUGCAGUGAAAAGGCAUGGAACAAACAAUUGGGAUUCCGUUGCAAUGGAGGUUCAGGCCAGGAAGUUGUCACCAUUUGCUUUCUCUUCACAGGAUUGUAAGGCCAAGUAUCAUGUCCUCCAAGGCAGAUUCAAUAAUAGUUGCAGCAACAGCAAUGGCAUGCCUUUGUUGGAGGAGCUCAGGAAGCUGAGGGUUUCUCAUCUCAAGAGAGAGCUUCAACGCUAUGAUGAUUCUAUUGUCUCUCUGGAGUCGAAGCUGAAAAGGCUCAAGGCCGAACGGGAGCAGGGUCGGGUGAAACAGGAAGAGGAUCUGCGUUUGGGCAAGGCAGAUCUGCAGUCGGGGUUGCAUGAGAAACAAGAUCCGCCACAACUAGGUGUUGUCCCUUGCGUUGAAGCUUCUCUCCCCACGCCCACAUCCAUUCCCCUUAAGUCUGGGGUUGAAGGUUGUGCGCCAGCCUCCCCUUUGGAUUCCUAUUAUGGAAGCUCUGAGACAACAGCCAAGGACCAAUCUCACAGGACGAAAGAGGACUUGCCAGAAUCUACGGAUGUGCAAUCACAAAGACUGACAAGGCCAUCAGGUGGCUUCCAAGAGGGCAGCGCUGAAUCCAGAGAAAUUGGAGAGGACCAACUAGAGGAGGAAGCUGGAAAAGGAAUCUCCGAAAGUGGGGUUAACAGGAAAGAAGGACAGCUCGAUUCGAGUGAUGUUUUGAGCUCUGCAGAAUAUUCGACCAGAAGAAGAAGAGAGGGGGAUGGUGAUGGGGAAGGGGAUGGGGAAGGGGAUGGCAGCAGCCAUGCAGAUGAAGACGAAGAUGAAGGUGAAGAUGUUGAAGGGCGGGAGAAGGAUUCUGUUGGGGGUUGCCAAUGGAAUCAUCAGCAGCAGCAGCAACACCAAAAGUGUUCAGGCGAAAGCCAAGGUGCGGAAACAGAUGAAAUGUCCAGCAUGAGCCAGAGAAGCCGAAGGGAGGCCAAGGUACCUGGCAAACUGCUCCCUCUCCUCGAGUGUUUGAGGACUAUCAGUGCCCACAAGUUUGGCCCCAUCUUCAAACAUAGGCUACAAUCACAGGGUGAGGUCUACCGAAGCAUGAUUCGAAGACACAUGGACUUAGCUAUGGUGAGAUCAAAGCUCGAGGAAGGCUCCUACUCUGGCAGUCUGGAAUUCUUCAGAGAUGUGCUUCUGGUGUUUAACAAUGCGCUUGUGUAUUAUCCAAAGUCUUCUCAGGAGUUUGGAGCCGCAUAUGUGCUUCGUGAACUAGCCACCAAGGAAAUGGUAAAUAUUUUCCAAACAGAGGCUCUGUUGAAACAGGAAGGCCCAUCCACCAGAAAGAGGGAGCCCAGAAAGGGUCCGGAGCUGAAACCCAUUAUUGUUUGCAGAAAGAGAAGUGCAAGCGGUGAAAGCCACGUGGACCGUCCUAAAAGCACACAACAAUCAUCAACAUCUGCUCUUGCUGCCACACAGAUGCAACAAUCUGAUAGUGGUAAACAAGUUGAGAUGAAGGAUGCAGAGGUCAAUGAAAUCAAGGCUGCAAAAGGAAAAGUGGAGGAGGGCUCAAAAAUCCCUGCACAGUCACCUCUUAACAACACUCCUGACUCACAAUCACAACAGAAAACUCCAGAUACCAUGUUGGCUGGUUCAAAUUCAAUCAAACGCAAUGCCAACCAGCAGAGUAAGUCACAACUGUUGACAGUGGGCACGAACAAAAGUGUCAUGGAUACACACAAUCCUGAUCGUCCCAUUAAAAAAAACACAAAGAAAACUUUCAACACCGACUCUAGACGGGAUAGCAGCAGCAGCAUCCAUGAUCUGGGUGAGUUUGUUGCAUCGAACAAGAUCUCCGAAAGUGCUAUUAGACCAAAGAAGAGCGGUGGCAUAAAGAUUGAACCUUCUAAAACUAGUAGCCCAAUUAUGGAAACCAAGAACAUUAGCAGCAACCAUAGACAAGACAGGAAGAAAGAUCAAGAGUUGAAUAUGCCUAACAAGCAAUCAGUAACAGCCAAUGCUACUAGUCACGUACAUUCUCCUCUGAAGAGAGGAGUGGGAAGGCCACCAAAGCAUGCUCAACAAAAACAACACCAGCAGCAGCAAGAAGCAGAAGAAUCCGAACUUUUAGUUAGCAAACCAAGGAAAAAGGCUAGAAGAUGAUUAUGUUUUUGAUGCCACAUAUAUCAACUGAUCUAGGUACCUGCUUCCUCGUUGGAGCCAAAAGCUAGAAAUUAUGUUCAUUUACCAUUUGUAACUAGUAAUGGUGAUUGGAGUUCUAAGUAUUGAUGUCCUGUAAUUUACUCUUGCCUUCUCAACAUGGAAAAAUCCUUGUUUCUGUGUAUUUUUGGGAGGGUCUAUCUCAAACUCACAUAACUGCUGUUUAGCUACUUGAUAUUAGAGUGCAAUUCCAA